CUAAAUCCAAAAAGAAGGCUCUGAAGAAGAAAAUUAACAGCAUGAACAUGAAGAAAUUGUUAUACGUAAUCAGAGCGGACAUCUCUUCCCUGCCAAGCGUAAUCAUAAUAGAGAUUCUGAGUCGAUUAGAUAUAAAAUCUGUGAUGAGAUGCAAAAUGGUGUGCAAGCAAUGGAAUUCCUUAAUCCAAGAACAAUAUUUCAUAAAUAAACACAUGCAUCGUUCAAUCUUUUUUAACGUUAGCUGGAGAGCUGACGGUGGUGGCAGUCAGGAAUUUGAACUCAUAGCUCACUGUUUCGGCGUAUUCGUUGAGAGAAGCAACGGUAUUAAUGUGAGGUAUCGUAUCCAAAACCCCGCAACCAAACAACUACUUGACCUUCCAACUCCCAAUUUCACUGCCAAUCAUCAGAUCUCCAUUUGCUAUGACUAUACAAGUCAACUCUGUAAACUGAUUUCCGCGUAUUCGGACGAAAAUUACACAAGGGGCGGUUGUGAAAUUCUAACACUCGGUGGUGCUGGUGAUCUCUCAUGGAGAAUCCUUGAAAUCCCUUGCUUAAAUGAUCUUCAUCUCGGAACAGACAAGAUUCUGUUUAAUCUGCAAUUUCCUGACUGGCAUAAAUUUCACCUGUUGAGAAUUAGAGCCAAUUUAGCUCAAGUGAUCACAAUAAUAUUAGAGGAUGAAACUGUGUUCAUUAAUACUCUGCCUCUAGUUAUAUUUAAAAACAUGAGAAGGGCUUCCAAUUUUUCGUUUUUCGCCAAGGGUUCCGAUUUAGAUGGGAACGUUGUGCUUCCGGGAUUCGCUAUGGUAGCAAGGACGCAACUCAAGUAUAUAUAUUUUUAUGAUCUAAAAUUUGUGUUAUUAGAAGAUAGUAAGAAGAACAAAUUUUGUGAGCCUAUUAUUAUUAGAUUGGAUUUUGUUGAAGGUGAUAAAAUGUGGAGUGAAUUAGAACCAUUAUUCUGUAUUAAUGAUUGUAUUUACUUUGCCAAAGGAAACGAAGCGAUAGUUUAUAAUUGUACAAGCCACAAGAGAGAAUUUACAGAGGAGAAGAUUGUGGCACGUAUUUUACUUACAUAUCGAAGAAGUUACAAGCAUUGGAAGACUUACAGCUUAUUAAACUUCAAGGGAAUGUAACAAAAUCUUGCUGGUUUUUGAUUCUUAGUUUAGUUUUG